AUGUCAAAAACUUUGGCAUGUCAACUCAGUCCGAGCUUUUUCUUCCUUUUCAUUGUAGAACGGGGUGUAUUCGGAAUACCACUGGUGGAAUCCAUCAAAUACGCCCAUUCGAGUAUAUCCUACAUCGAUGAUGAUACCGGUGCUCAAUGCUUCGGUGUGGUGCCUACGAUCAUUGCCAAAUGUGGAUCAUUUCUGAAGGAAGAAGGCAUGGCCGUUGAAGGCAUCUUUCGAUUAUCGGGAAGCGCCAAACGGACGAGAAUGCUACAAACGAUGUUUGAUACACCGGACAGUUAUGGUGCCGAACUCGAUUGGCGAGGGUAUACCGUGCACGAUGCAGCCGCUGUCAUGAAACGAUUUCUUAACCAUUUACCCGACCCUGUCAUUACUUUGGAAUAUUAUCGUCCAUUCAAAGACACAAUGAAAAUGUCCUUUCCUACGCCGGAAGCGAAAAUCGAUGCUUUCCAAAAGUUGAUCCAAUGUCUACCGAUCGCACAUCAGUAUCUGUUACUCUAUUUGCUAGAUAUGCUAAGUUUAUUUGUAACAGCCGAAGAAUAUACACGAAUGGGAACCCAAACGCUCGCUUCGAUUUUCGCGCCGGGAAUAUUGUCACAUCCGGACGAUGAGCUCAACCCUGCAGGGUAUGAAGAAUCCAAACACGUGCUUCAGUACCUUAUUGAAAAUCAAGAGAACUUUUCAAUACCGCGGCCUGCCACCGGUCAAGCCCACUCGCCAAUUGCUCCACCACCACAAGAUCUACCUUUGGGUAAAGUAUCCUCACGGACAUUCCGAUAG